AUGGAGAGAAUAUCCAAAAUUUUUGAGAAUUCAAUUGACAACAUUCUUAGUAUCGAGCCCAGAAAGGCUCUUAGGAUUGUUAUAAUUGUUGGUGCAUACAUGCUGUUCAGGAACCUGGUAACAAGGGAUCAGAACCGCAGACAAUUGGCUAGACAAGUGCGUCAAGAAGAAGAGAGAAAGAAAGAGGAAAGAGAGAAGACUUUGUUAGAACGCCCAGAAGAUUUUGAAGUCGAAACCAUUGCCAAAUCAUCCACUACUGAGUACGGCUGGGGUAAGAAGACAAGGCAACGUGUGAAGAGGCAGCAAGAAGUUCUUGAAAGAGCAGUGGAUGACUUGAAGAGACAUGAACAGCUAAAACUUUCAGGUACUGGUUACGAUAGCGACGAAGAGAUUGAAGAGCUUCUAGAGGACUAG